AUGCCCGCCAGAAAGCGCGCCCGCCAGGAGGCCGAACUGGACAACAGCAUCGCCGCCGUGGAGAAGGCACAACCUCACAAUGAGACACUGGACCGCUUACGGAACAUGUGGCAGUUUGCCGCCCUCAUGCAAUACAUGUACAUUUUCGGCAAACCCGUCAAGAUUGACCCCGAAUUCGACAUGGAGGACCUAGAGCAUGAAUGUCUGCGACCCGAAGCAUCAGAAAAGCUGGCCGAGAUUGGCCUUACCCUGCUCAAAUUCGUCUCUUCGCACCGAGGCCUGAACUACGACAACUUUGACGAGUACACACGCCGUCAAUUCGUCGCCAAAGCUCCCGAGCGCAACCCCUACGGCACUGACGAAGCCCCCAACAAGUUUGCCGACUUCGGCGUCUUCACCAAAAUCCGCGUCCUGCACCAACUAUCGACAUGGACUCUCUGGAAUGCAGAGCGCAUGCGUGGCUUGAUGGAAGAGAAGGACAAUGAGCAGACUCAAUGGCGCAUUGAAGAACUUGGCUGGGACUCUCAGGACCGCUCUUACUUCGUACUGGACGAUGACCGCUUGUACCGCCGCACCGAAGCACCGCUACCACCUGCUCCGGCACCCAAACCGAAGGCAAAGGCCAAAUCACGCAAGUCCCGCGGUUCGCGUGCCAGCAAACGCAUCAAGUUGGAUGCUUCUGCCCAAGAGAGUGAAGUUGAGGGAGAAGAGCAGGAAAACACCGAGGUCGACUUGAAGGUUGACGAACCGACCGAAGACGACGGGUUUGGCGGCAUGAAAUGGGAAUGCAUCGCCGUCACGCACGACGACUACACCAUUUUCCUGGAGUCGCUCCGUAAGAGUCGCGACCCGAACGAGAAGGCUCUUGUCAAGCGCAUUAACGAACAAAUCAUGNNCCCAUCCUCGAGAAGCGUGUCGAAGCACAACGCCAGAAGACUCGCUGGCAAGGCAGAACAGCGCAAGGCCGAAGAGGAGGCAGCCGAAGCCGAGAGGAGAAGAGAGGCUGAGCUGGACAUGGCCCGCAAGGAGCAACAGAAGCAGAACAAGAUGGAACACGCACGUGAAUCGCGCAUGCUCACCAGAGAACAGAGACUCAAGGAACGCGAAGUCAAGCGCAUCCUACACGAGGAAGAGCUUCGCAAGCUCGAAGAGAACCAGAAGAGCUUGGAGAAUGGCGACGAAAUCGAAGGCCGCCUGUCCGAGCGUCACCUCAAGGCCGAGAUGGAGAGAAGACAGAAAGAGCUGGAUGCAUUGGCCGAAGAGGAGGGCGAAUGGAUCUUCGAUUGCGCAGUCUGCGGCAAGCACGGUCAGAACUACGACGACGGCACCCACUCGAUUGCUUGCGAAAAGUGUAAUAUCUGGCAACACUCGAAGUGCCACGGCAUCGACGAGAAAGACGCCGAGAAGGACGACUUCCAUUUCAUUUGCUCCGACUGCCAAAGGAAGCCGAAGCUGCCUCCAUUGCACCUGCACUUCCCAGGCCAAAAGGAAGCUACUGCUGCACAAGAUGCUCCCCGCGGUCGCCCCGUCGAAGCCGUCGAGAUCACAUCGACGCCUCGUUCAGCAGCUCGACGCUACAAUCUUCUUGACGGCCCUUCGCUCUCACCAUCCGGCCAAAGCCCUGGUCCGCCAGGCUACCAUCGUCCUGCUGGUGCUCCACCAGUCGGUGUCCCUCAGCAAGCAUGGAACGGCACUACUCUUCCUCCACCAGCUCGUCCUUCCUCCAACUACGGUAGCUCCCCUCCACCACCUACACAAAAAUCUGACGAUGGUGAUCUCUCCGCACUACACGCUCAAGCUCAUGCCGGCGCCGUAUCAGCACACUCUAUACAUCCUCCAGUCUUGCAACCUAGUGCCUUGCAAAUGGGCCCACCCUCUCCCACCAAAGGCUCUCGACCAUCAUCAUCCCACGGACCCUCAGAACACCGUACCAACGGCUCAGCGACACCACACCACCACCAUCACCCAUCCAGAAAUAGCCCCUCGCCUUCUGCCCAGCGCCUCUUCCAAAGCCCCAACACAUCAUUCCCUCCUCCCGCCCUACCACAACAACAACAGCGUGCCGCCGCCCACUCUCCAACCAAACAACCCAGCUCCUCACCCUCACACGCUCAGCCCUUCCAUACGCCCGCCGCCAAUGCCACCCCUUACACCUACCAAAAUACCUCCACCGUAACUCCCGCCUCUGCAGCAACAAACAUCCUCCGCGCCGGCCCUCACAUGCAAAGCUCACCUCUGCCACCUCUCCCUGCUGGAAACACACCUCUCAUUCCCACCAAACACGACACACCACGUCCCAUGUCUCGAGACAGUAUGGCCGAGACCCCAGUAGUGCCACCAAUCACUGCAUUGAGCCCCAGUCCUGCCAUCUUCAUGCCUGCCAUGCCUGCAGCACCGCCUGAGGGCGUGGAAGGCGUCGAGACAUCGCUUGGCGUGGGUAGUGUUCCAGUCAAGAAGAUGCCACCCAAUGCCAGCCAAGAGAGUGAUGGCGACAUCAGUAUGGCUGACAUGUAA